CUGGAAGCAGAAUAAAGGCGCCAAGAUGAGAAAUCUGAAGUUAAUAAGGUGUUUGCACUGCAACACAAGUGAAAGUUUAGGCUCCCCACAGUGCAGCUCCAUACGGCCAGAAAGUGGAACAGUGCUGAUUGGAUCAGGCUAUGGUUUUGUGGAAUUUGACCCGAACACACAAGAGAUCAUCAGAGACAUAUCUUUAACAGCAGCACAUUUCCUUCCAGAGGAUGGGAGUGGCCAUCUUGUUGGGAUCCAGGAUGUCCCUGAUCAAGAGUCAGUAUGUGUUGCAACAUCAACAGGUGACGUCCUACUGUCUAAUCUCAAUACUGGCCAGUUAGAAUGUGUUGGCAGUGUGGAUAGUGGCAUUGUUGCAAUGAGCUGGAGCCCGGAUCAAGAACUUGUGCUUCUUGUCACAGGUCAACAUACUCUAAUCCUAAUGACCAAAGACUUUGAACCAAUUACUGAAAAGUCAAUUGACCAGGAUGAUUUUGGUGAAGGCAAAUUUAUCACUGUUGGGUGGGGCAAAAGAAACUCAGUUUCAUGGAUCCGAAGGAAAACAAGCAGCUCAACAAAAAAUAAUGGUAGUCAAGCCUGCUUUGCCAUGGGAUGACCAUAAACCUAGAAUCACUUGGAGAGGCGAUGGACAACUGUUUGCUGUUAGCUCAGUUUGCAAAGAGUCAGGUACUCGUAAGAUCAGAGUGUGGAACAGAGAACUUGCACUGCAAUCUACCAGCGAAUCUAUUGAAGGCUUAGAGCAAGCACUCUCCUGGAAGCCUUCAGGAGCUUUAAUUGCCUCAUCACAGAGCAAACCCAAUAAACACAGUGUAAUUUUCUUUGAAAAAAAUGGUCUUGUACAUGGAGAGUUUACACUUCCAUUCACAAAAGGCCAAAUAAAGGUGAAAGAACUUCUUUGGAAUUCUGACUCAACAAUUUUGGCCAUCUGGCUUGAAGAUAAUGAAAAAGAUGAGUCCAGCUCCGGCUGUUGUGUUCAGCUCUGGACAGUUGGAAACUACCACUGGUAUCUUAAACAGAGUUUAAAUUUUGGAACUGAUGAAAUGAAGAAAAUAGAGUGCUUGAUGUGGGACCCUGAGAAUGCAUACAGACUCCAUGUCUUCUCCACAGGCUGGCAUUACUUUUGUUUUGACUGGUUCUGGGGCACAGACCACAGUGAUGGAGGGCAGGGUGAUGUGGCUGUAAUUGAUGGCGAUAAGGUUUUAGUGACAUCAUUUCAGCAAGCUGUGGUUCCUCCACCAAUGAGCACAUACUUUAUUCAGUUAUCAUGUGCAGUGAAUGAAGUUACAUUUCAGCUUGAGCCCAAGAAAAAUAGUGGCAUUGCAAUCCUUGAUUCUACUAAUAUUCUAAGCAUUUAUAGAUAUGGGAACAGCACAGUUAAUGAUCCAACAGUGAAAUUAGGAGCAGUGAGUGGCAAUGGCUUUAGAACAUCUUCCCAGACUCCAAAACUAGAGAAAAAACUUAGAUUGCCAAGAAAUGCAUGUGAUGUGCAGCUGCGGAGCUUCCGUCUACUUACAUGGGUACAGGAUGAUACUUUCUUAGCUGUUAGCCAAGAGUCAAACUCUUCCAUAUCAACUGUACACCAUAUGAAUACCGAUCAAAUGGAUGGUCAGGAUAUUAAUGUUAGGGACGUAGGAACAAUAACCGGACAUAUCAUCAGUCUAUGUUAUAGCCCAAAUACAAAGCACUGUGCUUUACAGACAUCAAAUGGAAAGAUAUGGAAAUAUCUCUGUGAAUACCCCACUCCAGCUGUUGAGCCCUGGAUUGAUAGUAUGGGCCAGGAAGUAAAAUUUCCUCAACCUUGCGUACAGACUGCAUUGGCAAGCAUUGAAGGAGAGGACAUGGUAAUAGGUUUGACAGAGAGAUCACGCCUAUUUAUCAAUAACUCAGAGGUUGCAAGCAAUAUCACUUCAUUUCAUCUGUAUGAGGAGUUUCUUCUUUUAACAACCCACUCACAUACAUGUAGAUGUGUAUCGCUACGAGACACUUCACUGAAAGCACUGGAAACACAGCUUAACAGCGCCAGUAACCCAAAUGAUGAAACCAUUCGCAAAGUGGAAAGAGGAUCUAGAAUUAUCACAGUAGUGCCAUGUGACACAAAACUUAUCUUACAGAUGCCAAGGGGAAAUUUAGAAACAAUUCACCAUCGAGCACUGGUGUUGGCUCAGAUUCGGAAGUGGCUUGACAGACUUUUAUUCAAAGAAGCCUUUGAAUGCAUGCGUAAACUCAGGAUUAACCUCAAUUUACUUUAUGACCACAACCCAAAGGCAUUUUUGGACAAUGUGGAUCUUUUCAUAAAGCAGAUAGGCUCUGUAAAUUACAUCAAUUUGUUUUUGACAGAGAUAAAAGAAGAAGAUGUUACAAAGACUAUGUAUCCAACACAUGCUCUUUCCACUAUGCAGUCUUCUGAAGGAGCUAAGGCUAAAAAAGUUGACAUUGUUUGUGAUGCUGUGAGGGCAGCCAUGGAAAAAUGGGAUCCUCAAAAGUUUUUCUUAUCAAUACUCACAUCUUAUGUCAGGAGAACAAUACCACAGUUGGAAAUAGCACUCCAGAAGGUUCAUGAGCUAAGAGAGAGCCCUUCGACUACAAUAGUCAGUGCUGAUGAAGCAUUGAAAUACUUACUGUUCUUGGUUGAUGUAAAUGAACUUUAUGAUCAUUCCCUGGGGACGUAUGACUUUGACCUAGUUGUGAUGGUGGCAGAAAAAUCACAAAAGGAUCCAAAAGAGUAUCUUCCAUUUUUGAACAAGCUGAAGAAAAUGGAAACUAAUUAUCAGAGAUACACAAUUGACAAGCAUUUGAAAAGAUAUAAAAAAGCACUUAGCAAUCUUAGCAAAUGUGGGCCAGAUUAUUUCACUGAGUUCUUGAGCUUUGUUAAAGAUCAAAGUUUGUAUACAGAAGCCCUAGAACUUUAUCCACAUGGAACUGUUGAAUAUAAGGCCAUUAAUGCUGCUUAUGGGGAUCAUCUUGUGUCUAAACAGCAGUAUGAACUAGCAGGCUUGAUAUAUGCCCGUUGCAAUAGCAUUGAGAAGGCACUUGAUGCUUUUAUUGCAAGUGGCAACUGGCAUCAGGUAAUGUGUAUGGCAUCUCAACUGGAAUACUCUGGGGAAAAAAUAGCUGCCCUGGCAAGAACUGUUGCUGGUAAACUUGUGGAGCAGAGGAAGCAAGCAGAUGCAGCUGUACUUCUAGAACAAUAUGCUGAGGACUAUGAAGAAGCAAUUCUGUUACUAUUAGAGGGUGCACACUGGGAAGAGGCUUUGCGUUUGAUCUACAAAUACAAUCGCCUUGAUAUACUGGAAACAAAUUUAAAACCAGCUCUCUUAGAUGCUCAAAGAAAUCACAUGAUCCUCUUUGAUAACCAGAAAACUACAUUCACUCGCCACAAGGAGCGUCUUUCUGUGGUACGAGAAAUGAAGGAGAAAGCCCGCCUGGGUUUGCUGGAUGAGGAUGUGACUGGUUGUGCUGAAGCUGACCUUUUCUCCGAUACCAGCAGUAUUAUGACUGCAAGUGACGCAAGUGGCAAAUAUUCUCAAAGCAACUCAAGGAUUUCUUCGAGGUCUUCAAAGAAUCGCCGAAAAGCAGAAAGAAAGAAGCACAGCCUAAAGGAAGGAAGUCCACUGGAAGACUUAGCAUUGCUUGAAGCUCUUGCAGAAACCAUUCAAAUGGCGGAUAAACUAAGAGGAGAUGUACAUAAUCUUUUAAAAGUGCUUAUUCUCUUUGAGUAUGACGCCAGGGCCAAAGAACUUCAGCAGAAUUUUGAUGAUUUGCUUUUGCUAUUUGAGACGUCAAUUCCAGAGAUCUGGCCCCCAAGUGUACAGCAGAAUACUGCAGCACCAAUUCUAGGUCCUCACUCAACUGCAAACAGUAUUUCAAUUUCCUAUCAGCACCAAAGGAAUGUAAACAUCUCAAUGCAAGAUUCUGAGCUAUUCACUGCUCCCAAACUUAAUAAAAACAUCCAAUGGAAACUCAGUCUACUUCUGUAAUAUGAAGAUAGUCUCGCCACAAUGCAAUGCCUUAAUAAAGAUGUAUUACUCAA